GCUGGAUACACCUGUAUGCGCUGUCGCUGUCAUGUUGCAGCCCCAGCCAUAUUUGCAGCUUGCCCGUAACGCUGCGCAGAUAUGUCGAAUGAGACGCCAAUGGAUGGCUUGGGCAGCGACAGCAAGCUCGAUCCAGGGCGCAUCCUCCAUCAGGUUCGUCUGAACUAUCAUGGUCAUAGCGGAGCGAAAAGACGACGAGGAGCCUUUGGAGGAUGGAUGGAGGGAUGUUUCGGAAAGCCGACCGCAGGAUGAUUCGCAAAGUGCGGAAGAUAUGACCCGCGACACAGAGGGCAAUCCGCAUGGUGUCGUUCCAGGGCACGGUAUUGAAGGGCGGGUUCGGCUUGGAAACCAUCUCCAUAGGUCCGACGUGGUGUUUGGGGAUGAGAUGCGAUGCGAUGUGGAAAGAAUCCAACGGAACUUACCUCGGCCAGUGUUUGUCCCCUGACGGAACGCGACCUGACAAUGCUGGAGGCACCUGCCGCGGCCGUCGAGGG